CUAAGGGCUUCUAGCGCUUCGGCUGUCCGGCACGAGAAGUUGUCUAAUCUAUACCAGUGUGCUCUAAACUGAAAUUGUAAAUUUGUAACUUUAUGAGUUUAAGAGUCUAGAUAAAUAUAUUGUGUUCCGUUUAGCGGAUUAAAAAUUAAAACAUCACAGAACAAAAAAUAAUAUUGUUUCGACGUCAAUAAAAUGUCGAUAGACUUUUGAACAUGAGCAAAUGUGUCUUCAUCUGUUUUACUAAGACGUGAUACACAACUGUGGUCUGUGAGUACUAAAUCAAUUAUAAUCAGUCUACUUAUUGAACAAUGACUAAGAAAAACGUUCGAAACGUUAUAAAAAAAAUGGAAUCAUCCAAUGUAUUGAUCAAUACUUCGAAUCCAUCUGAAUAUAAAGCGCCAAGUGCUUUCAUUCAAACAGAAGCAAACAAGGAUCCAGAACUCAUACCACACUGCAUCAGCGCAUUUUGCUAUUUGGGCCUGUUUGUAUGGCUCUUGUUGGAUAAAAACUAUAACUUAUUAAUUGAUCGCAACUCAAUGAUCAUUAUUGUUACAUGUUACAUAAUAGAAUUUGUUAAGUUUGCUUGCCAUUCUUAUCUAGUCAGUAGAAUUACAAAUCAAAUUAAGCCGAAAUCCAAUCCAAUAUUCUGGAUAUUUCAGUUUUUAGUUUCCACUAUAUUAGCAGUGGGUGUAUCGUAUUUAUUUUCAAUUCUUUUUGGUGCACCAUUGACUUCUAAACAAGAACAAACUUUUGUAUUUUCUUUACUCACAACAGCGCUUAUUAUUACGCCGACUGCAAUUCAGUUAGGAUCAAAUAUAUUGCCAUUACUUUUAACUGAUAGCUUUGAAACUGAAUUUAAUAGUACAGUAGAAAUAUUUGAAAAAAACAAUUUCCGAGCAACAAUUUUAGGAGGGUUUAUUGGUGCAGCAGUAAUACCAUUUGACUGGGAAACUGAAUGGCAGCGAUGGCCAAUUCCAUGUUCAAUUGGAUUAAUAGCUGGACAUUUAUUAGCUAAUGUUUAUGAAAUAAUAUGUUGGCAGUUUAAAACAUUGAAAAAAUAUUCUAUUAAAAAAAAUAAAUUCUGAUGUAUUGCUUAGUAGUAGGCAUGUAGAAAAUAAUAUACUAUACAUUAAAGCAAUUCUUAUUUAAAGUUUUACCGAUUUGUCAUUACAUUAAUCUAUUUGAAACUUGGUAUAACUUUUUUAUGUAUAACUACAAAAUAAUAAAAAAAAAUCCUAUAUAGUAUAAAAAAUGAUCUAUAAUGAAUUCUUAGUAACUUAGAAGCAUAGAUAAACGUAAAAUAAUAUAUUAUCAAGAAUACUAUUUGAAUAA